CUUUCACUCCCCCCAUUUCAGUCCUAAAAAGUGUUUCAGACCACCAAACCGAUCUCCCCUCCUCUCUCUCUCUCUCUAUAAAACACACUCGCACACACUCUCUAUAUAAAAUAUUCUAGGGUUUCUCUCUCUCUUCCGAUUCAACGAAGGGUGAGGUUUUAACUAUACGUAUCCAAUCAACAACUGAAACGGCACUUCCACGCAAUUGAAUUUAAUUCAAGAACCCACCUUAAAUUCAUCGCUGUCACAAGCCAUUAAAUUCCGUUUCUCGAACUCUCUAGUCUUCGUCGUCGCUACAGAGUCUACAGUCCAUCCGGUUAAGUGAACUGGAUGUCAUUUGCUACUUUGUAGCCUUGGAUGCAGAAAGGGUCAUUUGCAAUUCUGUGAAGCAGCAAAAUGAACACAAAACUUGUGGAUAUUCAACCCCGAGAACUCAAAUUCAUAUUUGAAUUGAAGAAGCAAAGCUCAUGCUGUGUUCAACUGUUCAAUAACUCCAAUCAUCAUGUUGCUUUCAAGGUUAAAACUACCUCUCCAAAAAAAUACUGUGUGCGACCAAACACAGGCACAAUUGAUCCAAAAUCAACAUGUGAAUUCACUGUUACAAUGCAAGCACAACGGUUGGUUCCCCCAGACAUGGUAUGCAAAGACAAGUUUUUGGUUCAAACCACAGUUGUUCCAGCAGGGACAACCAAUGAGGAUAUUACAUCUAGCACUUUUGCCAAAGAUGAUGGUAAAUAUAUUGACGAGAGCAAGCUGAGAGUGAUUCUUGUCAGCCCACCUGAUUCACCUGUAGUAUCACCAAUCAGUGGAACAUUGAAGCAGGUGCCAGCUUACGAACCUUCAAUACUGAAAGAUCAACUACUGAGUAAAGUUGAAGGCCUCACUCAACGGCACACACAGGUGCCAGCUCAUGAAUCUUCAAUACUGAAUGACCAAGUACCGAGUAAAGAUGAAAGCCUCACUCAGUGGCACACAGUUACUAAAGAGGUGGAGGAGUCCAAAUUGGAAAAUGGUGAGUUAAAGCCAGAAAAUGAUGUAGAAUAUGUCACAAUGAAGGGCACAGAGGAGCUGAAGUUAGUUAAAGAUAUUGAGGAUAUGAAGUCAGAAAUUAAUGAACUUGAAUCAAAACUGAGUGAGGCUAAAGUUACAAUUUCGAAGCUAACAGAAGAAAGAAGAUUGACAUUUCAAGAGAGGGAAAGUUUACAAAAAGAAUUGGCAUUAUUGAGAAGUAAGAGAAACAUGAGAAAAGUUCAGGUGGGAUUUCCUUUACUGUUUGUCUGUAUGGUGGCACUCAUCAGUGUUAUGCUCGGAUAUCUUUUGCACCGUUGAUGGAGAACAUUGGUAUGAAGACAUUACAAGAGAUGCUCCAUGCCUGUUUGAGUUACAAAAUUUCGGUACAAGAAAAAGAAUUUAGGUGAAGAAACCUGAUGCUAUGUUUAGUUAGUCAAGUCUAUACUGGGAUUGUCGAUACAACAUGUCUAUAUGUGAUCUUUUUAAUAAGAAUUUGCAUGUAAUGGUGCUUCCUUUUCCUUUUCUUCAGUAGACAAAUUACUUUUAAGUUGACUUUCCAAUACAAAGUUUGGGGUAAUUCUUUUCA